GGUGGUAGACAGCACAUGUUGGGCUCUUGGAGUAGAUUCACCGUCUGCACUCAAGAGUGACAGGAUGGACAUGAUGAGCAAAAACAACACGGAGGGAAUAAACAGAAUAUCUGACCAACAUCAGUCUGUGGAUGAGGGUUCUUCCAGCAGCUGCAGGAGGGUCAGAGUGAGAUCUAGACCCAAACUCCAGUCAACUAAAAGUUUCCCUCCUUACAGUCAAUGCAUAGGUGGACUUGGAGAGGAUGAAGAAUGGGACGAUCAGCCUGAUUCAGAGUCAAAACUGGCUUCCCAGCCUGCAGACACAAUGGUGAGCAAAGACAGGAAUGAAGUAGUUCAAAGCCUCGGAAAAAAGGAGGAGUUUGAAUUGCACAGAAAAUAUGCCAAAGAAGAAGUAAAGGUAAAAUGGAGGAUGAGAAGGAAGGAGAGGUUAGGAGGCAGCUUUGAUACAGACAGGUGGGAGAGUUCAAAGUGGAGCGUGAAAAGAAGGGUGGAAGAGCCUGAAGGAGAGAUGGAGUGUGAUGAUGAUGACGAUGAUGAUGAUGAUGAUGAAAGGGAAAGAGGACAGUGGAAACACUUUGGAGGAAGAAAAAGAGAAGAAGAGGACGAGGAGAGGAAGAAGACUCCUGUUUCAGCAGUGCAGCAAGAAGUAGAGGAGGGGAUCGGGGAGACUCCAGAGGCUGAGCUGCUGCCAGGAAUGACAGAGAGUUCCACUCCACAUCAGUGGUCCUCCCCUCAUCCCAUUCUCUCCAAACUUUUGCACUCCUCUUCCUCCUCCUCAUGCUCCUCCAUCAACCUCUCUACUGAAGAGAGUGAUGAGGUCUUCAGCGAAGGAGAGGACGCAAACGCAAAGAGGAGGACGUUCAGGAAGGUGAGAAAGACGAACUUUUUUGAUGUUUGCGAUUCAAGCUGAACUGACCCUUGCACCUGUGGUUUAGGGUGAUUUGCAUUGGAUUG